GGGCGGCUUGAUAUCACUGGCCCGGGAAGGCGGCCUCUGGGUUUAAGAUGUUAGGCAAACAGGGAGGCCAGUGAGGAGUCCGGCUCUCCGAGCGCCCAAGGAAGGGAGGGAAAUCGCGGCCACCGCCGGGCCAGAACGCCAGCGGCUCGCUCGCCCCGGGAUUGCUUGCUUGCUUUUGCAGCCGACCCACCUAUGGCUUUGGAUCUACUCCGCUCUACCUGCGCCUGAUCGGCCCGCCCGCGAGCCCUCUCGCGGGGAUUAUUCAUGGUCUGCUGCGCCGUCCGCCUUGGGAGUCUCCGGCUCGGGUUGGCCACGCUCUCCCAGCGGGGGCGCUUGUGCCGCCGGAGCCUUGGCUUUGCAGCCCCCGAUGCGGCGGAGCUCGGCGGGGGACUCGGCGGGGGGCGUCCGGGGACCUCCCUUGCCUUGAGGUCCGGGCGGGAUUGAUUGACUGCCUGCCUGCCUGCCUGCUGAACGGCCGGGAAGGAGCGAAAUCUGGCCAGGGGGCUUCAGCAGCCUCUGUCCCUGGCAGCGGCUCCCACUCCCUCGCCGGGCUUCUUCUCCGCCAGCGCGCAGCUCCCGGCCGCCCGGGCUGCUGGCUGGCUGGCUGGCUGGCGACGCUCGAUGAACUGCCUGAAAGACCCUCUCAGCCUGGAGCGUUUGGGAGCCGGGAAUAAGCUUUGCUCCACCUCCCCUUCCUCUUCCUCUUCCUCCUCCGCCUCCUCGUCUUGCCAUCACCACCACCACCACCACCACCAUCACCACCAGGCUCUGGUUAUGGCUUCAGCCCUGACCCCCGGCCAGCCGCGAUCCGCCCUGGAUUCUGCCAAGCAUCGGCUGGAGGUUCACACCAUCUCCGACACCUCCAGCCCCGAGGCCGCAGAGAAAGAGAAAAGCCAGCCGAGCAAGAAUGAGGACGCGGGCGCCGAAGAUCCGUCCAAGAAGAAGCGGCAACGGCGGCAGCGCACUCACUUCACCAGCCAGCAGCUGCAAGAACUGGAGGCCACCUUCCAACGCAACCGCUACCCGGACAUGUCGACGCGGGAGGAGAUCGCCGUCUGGACCAACCUCACCGAGGCCAGAGUCAGGGUUUGGUUCAAGAACCGGCGGGCCAAGUGGCGGAAACGGGAGCGGAACCAGCAGGCGGAACUGUGUAAGAACGGCUUUGGGCCGCAGUUCAACGGGCUGAUGCAGCCCUACGACGACAUGUACCCGGGCUACUCGUACAACAACUGGGCCGCCAAGGGGCUGACCUCCGCAUCGCUCUCCACCAAGAGCUUCCCCUUCUUCAACUCCAUGAACGUCAACCCGCUGUCCUCGCAGAGCAUGUUCUCGCCCCCCAACUCCAUCUCGUCCAUGAGCAUGUCUUCCAGCAUGGUGCCCUCCGCCGUCACCGGCGUGCCGGGCUCCGGCCUCAACAGCCUCAAUAACUUGAAUAACCUAAGCAACCCUUCGCUCAAUUCGGCCGUGCCCACGCCCGCCUGCCCCUAUGCCCCGCCGACCCCUCCCUACGUUUACCGGGACACGUGUAACUCUAGCUUGGCCAGCCUGAGACUCAAAGCCAAGCAGCACUCCAGCUUCGGCUACGCCAGCGUGCAGACUCCGGCCUCCAACCUGAGCGCCUGCCAAUACGCCGUGGACAGGCCGGUGUGAGCAAAAGGCCAGCCUCUUCGGCCCGGGCUUCGGGGUGGCUGCUCUCUCCUUGGCUGCGUGGGGAGGGGAGGGGAGGGGAGGGAGGGCGGGCGGGCGGGGAAGGAGGGGCAGGCAAUCGAUUUGCGCGUGACAGUCGGAAGGGACGAAGGAGGCUGCUUCGCCUUGGCAUCUAAGAACCUGGACCUUCAAUAGAAAGCCAACAGCGCUGGGUCGGGUGGGGAGAGCGAGCAGGAGAAGGAGCAACUAGGCAGCCGAAUUGAAUCCACCCAGGCAGAGGGAGAGGGAGAGAGAAGGGAACCCCUUGAAAUUUCCGCGUUCUUUGCUUUCCACAGGGUGUUUUUCGGCUCCUUAAAAUAAAUGGAAAGAGGUGUUUUUUAAAAAAAAAAAUGGGAAAGAAAUGUUCCCAACCGAGACAAGGACAUAUAUUAUAAAUAUAUAUAAAAUACGGACAAACGUUUGACUGGAUAUGGUAUGACAUUUUAAUGUUCCUAUAAGCUUGUUAUUUUUUAUGUUUAGCAUUGUUAACAUUAAAAGAAAAGAAAAAACGACGGGAAAGGAUGUAUAUAUAUAUUGAAAUGUCAAAAUUAAUUUUAUAAAAGCAGUUAGUAAUAUCUCCACAGUGUUUUUAAAAGUUAGGCUUUAAAAUAAAGCAUGUUACACAAGAGAGUAGGGAUUUGUUUUUCGUUUUGUUUUUUUUUCGCUUGCGAGCAAGGGAAUGUAUAUACUGUACUAAAUGCAACACUGUAUGUUUCUAACAUGUUAUUAAUAUUAUUAUUAUUAUUAUUAAAAAGGAAGUCCCAUUGUGUGAAUAUCAGUUUUAGAAUAGUACCUCUGGUGGAUGCAAUGGUGACUUUUGAAUCUACAAUGUAAAACAUACCCCUGUAUAACAUUUCGUAUAAUUAGUGUUUUCCUUUUCAGACAACAUUGGAAAAAAAAUGUGUUUCAUGGGAGUAAAAUAUACAGCAUACA